GCCGAAUAUGUCCGAAUUUAUUAAAGCUUCACUUAAAAUAGUUAAUUAUUAAAACCAAAUUUAAAUUAAAAGUAAAUGCAUAUUUUCUUGAAACCAGAAAGUUCUUACUUUUUCGCUGGAAGAAAAUAAAGAAUUAAUAAAAAUGGGAGACGAAGAAUUGCUCGAAAAAGAAUACUUUAUAAAAAGAGAGUAGGCCAACGGUCGGGCGCCAAACGCAAAGGUGCACCGCACGAACAACACCUCGACCCUUCUCCCGAACUCACCCGAGCUCGCGCAUCGCGCGAACACCGCGCCUGCACGAUCGCAGUAACCGCUGACCCGCCGCAACCGUCGCGUCUAAAAUGGCGGCGUUCCGCUACACGCACGCCGUUGUCUGCCGACUGCCGGCCUCCCUCAAGACCAAGACAAAAAUCGACAUGGACGAAGCUAAAAAACAGCACGAGAACUACGUGAGGCUCCUAAGAGAGCUGGGCCUCGACGUCAUAGAGCUGCCACCUGACGAAAAUCUACCCGAGUGCGUUUUUGUUGAAGACACCGCUGUGGUUUGCAACGGGACCGCACUGAUUACCCGACCAGGUGCGGAGCACCGCGCCAAAGAAGUAGAAACCAUUAGAGUAGUACUAAAAAAAGAACUGGAUCUGCCAAUAAUUGAAAUGUCCGAUGCCAAAGCUAGACUAGACGGCGGCGAUGUCCUUUUUACUGGUAGAGAAUUUUUCGUUGGCUUAAGCCAAUGGACGAACGAGGGGGGGGCCCGGGCAGUGGCAGCUGCGUUUCCAGAAUACCCAUGCACGCCUAUCAAGGUAAAGCCGGAGACUUUAAUAAUAGGUCCUAAUAAGAGCCUAGACAAGGUGCCGGAGUCAAAGCACUUGAAGUCGUACAUAACGAUGGGCGGGCCGGAUUUGCUGUGCGUUGGCGGCGGGAAGGAGUCGCAGGAAGUGUUGAAGCGCAUGGAGCGGGAGGCGACGUUCAGCUAUCAGACGCUAACGUUGCCCGAAGACACUGCUGCUAACGUGCUCUACUUGAACGGGACCCUCGUGCACAGGAGUCUCGAUGAGAUACCGUCUUCCUAUAAGGUGUUUGGAGAAAAAAUCGACUACCCAAGAAGAUCGGUUAAUCUUUCGCAGCUAGCUUCAGCUUCGUGCGGAUUGACAUCCAGCUGCAUACUAGUCAGAAGGUCGCGUCACAUAAGAAACCUUUAAAUUUGUUUUUAUUCCUUAACAAUUAAUGUAAUAUUUUACCACCUCAGGUCUUCAUGGAAAAUUCGCUCGCAAAUCGUACUGAACUGUAUGCGGGUUGCCGAGGAGUAAUCUCGGUUGCCUACACUCAAUGUUGAUUUUGAGCGAAUUUUAAAAAUUUAACUACCGGCCCCUUUAAUGUUGAACGGCGUUUUGAAAGUCUAUUAUAUUGAAAGUAUAUUAUAUAAAUUAGACUGGGC